UGUGUCAGCCUCAGUCGUUUGCAGAGCGCCAAACCCAAACUUUUUACGCGCCGUGCGGCCGCUUCACCUUCAGCUUGCUCUUUCCCAUUUGAGCAUCAGCUGCUGCAACGGUGUUCCCGUUCAUACCAGAUUGCGAUGGAUUAAAAUGUCUUCGGGUGCCGUGCUCACAUUCCCGGUUGGUCUUGUGUCGCACCGCCGACUCCUCGCAGGGAACCGAUCCGAUUUGGAUGCCCUCCAUUGCCGUUUCCGCAUUCCCGCAGCUGCCGUGACCGGAGCAGGCGCGGAGCUCAGAUCCGUGAUCGCGACAAAAAAAACCGGUUCCUCCGGCUAAUCUACCCAAGCAGUGCUGUCGCUGCAUUAUGUUUCCAGCCACGGGAAUAGAGGGAACCCGGAGGGCUGAACGGCUGGUCACUGCGGGCUGUAAAAGGCCGUUUUCAGCGGACUGAGUAAGUCUGAACCGCGCGUCUUAUUGAUCGCUGUCACGAUCAAACCUGAAAGAACCCCGCCGCCGCUCUCCUUCAUGUCCCGGGAUGGAGAGUUGCUGCCGCUCCUGUAUGCCGUGUUUAGGCCGGCUGUGGGACUGCAUAUGGCCCGACUUCCGCUACCCCAACGUCCCCAACAACAACAACCAUGUCAUCGCCAAUCCGGCUGCGCAGGCGGCGGAGAUCCGCACCGUGUCCGGCGACAUCCGCAUCCCGUCUCCCAAGAAGCGGCCGGUGCAGCUUUACGCGGCGCUCUUCGACUUCGAGGCCCGCAGCGACGACGAGCUGACGGUGAAGGAGGGGGACAAGCUGUCGGUGAUCGAGAAGCGGGGGGAGUACGUGCUGGCCAAAAAGCUAACCGGGUCCCUGCAGUCCGGACUGAUCCCGGCGAACUACGUGGCUCUGCUGCAGGACGAGUUCGCCAAACACAAGUGGUAUUAUGGGAAUAUAAACCGUGUGAAAGCUGAGAAGCUGCUGCUGGCUUCCCAAAACAAAGAUGGCUCCUUCCUGGUUCGCAUUAGUGAGAGUCACAGCGAUGAGUACACAAUCUCUGCCCGAAGUGAGGGAAAAGUGUACCACUUCAGGAUUCAGCGCUCGACCAUCGGGGCGUACUUCGUCUCGGAUAAGAUCUCGUUCGCUACACUGGGAGAGCUGAUCUCCUACUACCAGAAAAGCCCUCGCAGCCUGGGAGUGCCGCUGGAGGAGCCCUGCGCUCAGCAGCGGGAGCUGUUUGACAUGGAGCCGUGGGAGAGACCGCGAGAGGAGUUCAGACUCCACAAGAAACUGGGAGAGGGACACUUUGGAGAGGUGUGGGAGGCUCUGUGGACCACAGAGAACAAGAAAGUGGCCAUAAAGACGCUAAAACAAGAGGACACGAAGCAGGACGAGUUCGUCAAGGAGGUUCAGGCAUUGAAGAGCCUCCAUCACCCCAAGCUGAUCCAGCUGUUGGCCAUGUGCUCCAGAGGAGAGCCGGUCUACAUCGUGACCGAGCUCAUGAAGAAAGGAAGCCUCAAGGCCUACCUCGCCUCUGCUGAAGGCCAGGUGCUGACAUCAGCUCAUCUGAUCUACAUGGGCAGUCAGAUCGCAGAGGGCAUGGCCUACCUGGAGGACAGAAACAUCGUCCACAGGGACCUGGCGGCCAGAAACAUCCUUGUGGGAGAAGAUCUUGUCUGCAAGGUGGCCGACUUCGGACUGGCUCGGAUUAUUAAGGACAGUGUGUACACAGCCAGUCGAAACACAAAGAUCCCAGUGAGAUGGACGGCUCCAGAAGCGGCGAUUUACCAGAAGUUCUCCGUAAAAUCAGAUGUCUGGUCAUUCGGGGUCCUUCUGUAUGAGAUGAUGUCACGUGGCAAGAUGCCUUAUGAUGGAAAAAGUAACAAGGAAGUGUUGGAUCUGCUGUCGUCGGGGUUUCGGCUGCCCUGUCCAACCCGCUGUCCUCAGAAUAUUUAUCGCAUCAUGAUGGAUUGCUGGGCCGCUGAGCCCUCCAAGAGGCCCUCCUUCCACGCCCUGCACAGCCAGUUGGAUACAAUAUAUGCCAGGAUAUAUUUCAAGACUAUAGAGGUAUAGAAAGAGCAAGUCGUGGGGGAAGAAGAGGACAAUGAGAGCAGAUUAUCUGCAACUGAUCAUAGACAGCAGGAUGGACAUUAAAUAUGGAAAGGGAGUGGGAUGAAAACUUGUAGGGAGUAUUCUCCUCCCCCAUGCAACGCACUUCCACAACAGGGUAUUUGAAGAACACAAAGGAUGGAGGGAGAAGAGCAUAAGAAGCAGACAAACUGAAGUGAAUUGUUCAAGAUGGAGAAGAUGUUCGCCAAAUAAAAAUAAAAAUGAAGAAAACUUCAUUUCUAAGGCUAAAGGAAAGCAAGGUGGACAAACAAAAUACUGAAAAUAGCCACAGAAAUGUGUAAAUACUCUCCUACCUAAAAUCAAAACUGAACACUAAAACCCUCAGCACAUCCACAGAACAAACAGUUUUUAAUUUUAUACCCUUUUGUGUUUUAUAAAUACUAUUUUAUUACCUCUGUAUGUGCAAUCUCUGUGUAUAAACACUUAAAGAUGUUAUGAAAUCACAGGUCAGGACUUUAAUCACCUGUUUUUUGACUGCAAGCCAAUGCUAAAUAUUGGGGUUAUGUGCAAUAAUUGCAGCUGGUUGGGUUUUUAGCCAUGUUAGCGGCCCAAUGCUAUGGACACUGAUCCCUGAUCGCUCUUAGUCCAACACUUUUGUCUGAAGUGAAAUAUCUCACCACUCUUUGCAAUGAUAUUUGGUUCAAACCUUUGCUUUCCCCAACAGAUGAAGAAUUGUGUUGAUUACAUGACUUCAUUUUUGACCACAGUCGGAUCACAAUUUCCUCUUGUCCAACGUUCUAUCAUAUUAUAAAUUAAUUCCCAAACUCCCAUCAGCUUCAGCUGUACUUUAAGAUUAAAGGAUCGGAUAAUCACACUUGUAUUUCAGACUCAAGGUCCAGAUAGUACGGAUAGACCAAAGGUAUCUCUGAAUGAUUAGAGCAACCUAUAACACGUUCACUGUAAUAUGGUAUGGGAGUCAAAAUCCAAACAGUGUCCUUGAUCUUUUUAUCAGAGUCCCAAGAAAGUAUGAAUGAGUGUACCUAUGUCCACAAAUGCUGAGAUAUAAAGUGCUGCAGGAAUCAGUUCUAAAACCGGGUAAUCAUUUAACAUUUUUGCACUUCCAGUUUCUUUGUCCCAAAGUCAGUGGUUAUUUGUUAAUGAAAUUUUGGUGAGAUGCUUGAAAUAAGGUAUGUGGUUAACAUAAACCUAAAAGAUGUUAACGUGUUGUUCUACAACAUUAAAUACAUACCCCUCAUGGAUUUUGAAGCUUU